ACAUCAUUUCUAUUAGCAGACCUUUCCAACAUGAGUGGGGGGACCAUACUGGUGUGAAAAGACUGCAGCUUCAAGGUGAUUAUGACUGCAUUCAGCGAAAAUGGGGUGGCGCAACGAGGGGGCCUAGGCAGAGAAUCAAUAGCAAAAAUGCCUCACCAAAAUUAUGGGCGGCAGAGGCGAAAGGUAAAAGAGAAAACAGCAAAAAUUUGGUUGAAGUUGAAGCAGCGAUGGAGGGCGACUUUAUAGAGCACGCACCGUGAUGCCAAGCGGCAAUAAGACGCUAAACCCAAACAGGAACGCUAUACCACUUC